GCUCUGAUUCAUUCUCAGGAAGGUGACUCUUCCAGGUUCAAGUUCAGCAAAAAAAAAGGAAAAAAAAAAAAAAAGAGGGUUUGCCCAGGCAAAGAUCUAAUUAAGGUUUAGUGUGAUUGGACCCUUUCAACCAAUCAUAUUUGGCAGGGAAAUGCUAUGUCCUGAUUGGCCAGGCGGGGACUACUUGCCAGCUAAGAGCAAGGAGUGGAGACAACCCUGACAGAUCACACACAACAGGGCAGAGGGCUUGGUCCCCAAAUGGAGACCCAGAAGCUUGCUGGAAUUUGGGAAUAUGGAUGUUGGGCAUCCAGAAAUCCCCACCUCUACCUCUGGAGGUCACAGGAAAGUGUUCCAACAGUGUAAGGAAGCAAUGCCAGUUCCAGCCGACACUAAAUAAAGGUGAGCUUCUUUAAAAAAGAGAUAGGGCUGUUACGAAGAUUUAAGACGUUCACCCAAAAAGCACAGCGGUUCCUGGUAUGGAGUUAGUCACCUUAGUGUUUCCCAAUUUACAAUACAAAUGCCAGACUUUCCAUUCCGGUAGACGAUUACAUGUCUCUAUCUAAACUUCAUCCAUUCAUUCAACACACAGUUAUUGAGCACCCACUCUGUGCCAGGUACUGCUCUAGGCUGGGGGCAGGUGGUACCCAGGUGUGGGAUUCAGUGAUGCACAUGAGUUCCUCACCUAGAGAGCUGACACUCUAGAGAGGCGAAAAUAAAGGGAUAAAAAAAGAUAUAAGACCUGUCCCUUGUCCCUGACAGCUCAGAAGUCCCCCAAUUCCCAGCUAGUGAAAUGCUUUGGGUUUCUGUUUUCUCCUCUCCCAGAGUCCCAGCCACCCUCCCACCCCCGCCCCCAAAGUCUUGAACUUCUAGGGCAGGACCUUCUGGCCCACUGGCUCCCAGAACCCUCACCCUCUUGGACGGGACUGGGAGGGGGUUGGGGUGGGGAUGGAACCCCACGGCCUUUAUUACAUUUAGCUCAGAUAAGUCUGUUAUGGCUUAAAAGUUACUUCUCCUACGAAACAAACAAAAAACACAUUAAAACCAACACAUACAUGACACAAACACAGAUGUGGUGGGUCAGAGCCCACACCCGAAUCCGAAUCUGUUCAAUGUUUAAAAGCCCUGAGGUGCCCCCUCCGGCUGACCAGAGCCCCAGGGGAGUCUCUUUCCGCUCCCUGCUCUUCUUAGGUCUAGAGGUCCAUGGCCUCAAAGGCCUGGCCACACCCCGCCUCCCUCUCUCCUGCACUCUCACCUCCACUGUCAGACUGAACUCUCAUUUCCUCAAAGCCACAUGCACGCUUGUUUCACUCUGAGGACUUUGCACAGCUGUUCUGGUCCCCUUUCCUAGAAUAAUUUCCUCUGCUCCUCGGACUUCCCUGCAUGCCAAGGGUGGGCUUCUCCUAAACCUACCCCAGGGGACACUGUCCUUGCUUUAUUUCAAUAAUAACAUCAGUAAAUAAACUCUCUCUCCAUUGCGGGGGUCUCACCUAACACAUAUUAUCUCAUUUAAUCCCCCUAGUAGCCUUCCAACAUAGGUACAAACAGCUCUUUUUUUGCAGAGAAGGAAAUAAAGACACAGGAGGGCACAGGAGUUAGAGCUCAACCCACUAAGGCAAUACUCUGUUUUCCACCCUCUACCAUUACACCCAUCCUCCUUGCUAAUACACUCCUAGUUUUGUGCAAAGCAGUAAUGUAUCUAGUCCCAGACAAAAACACUUGUUUUCCCAGCCUGCUUUGCAGCUGGGGGUUCCAAGAUCGCACAGUUCUGUCCAACAAGACAUAAGUGAAAGUCAGCUGGAGAGGUGGCACCUGUGAAAGUUUUUGUUUUCUUCCAUAAAAAAUGAUAGACCCAGCUGACGCUGCCUUUUGUCUUGUCCCCUUCCCUGCCUUGAAUACUAAUGAGAUGUCUGGAGCUGUAGCAGCCAUCUUACAAACUUGAAGCACAAGCAUGUAGAUACACGCUAACAUGCUAAGAAUAGAGGAAUAGAACGAUAAAAGGAGCCUGGAUCUUUGACAGCUUUGGUGGGCAGCUGAACCAAUGCCAAUGGCUUGAAAAUGCCAACAAAAUGAACAUGAAACUACCUAUUUGUUUACUCGCCGUGGGUCAGGACUUCUGUUGCUGUUAGCUGACGGCGUUUGUAACUGAGGUCUUAAGACUCCUAGCCUUGUGCUCUUUUCAACAUAUCAUUGUGCCCAGCAGUUCCUGGGCAUGGAGUGAGUCACUUGUUUCUGCUCUGCAAAUUGGCCGAGGAUAGGAAAGAGUAACGUGUGUCGAAACAGGAAGAACUGUUGGUUGUGGGCAGGAGCUGACAACAUGGUGAUGCUCACUCAUUCGACAGCAACCACUCCUGAGCACCCACCCACCCAGCUAGACUUGGCCCCUUGCCAUGCAGUCAUUACCUGGCAGGCAGGAAAGCACCAGCCAGAUAAGACUACUUCAUUUGGGACUCCCCAUCUUGGAGCCUGGCUUCUCCUUGUUUCUUCUUGCAAAGCAGAGGCCUGGGGGUCCCCCUGGCUCCCCACAUUCCCUCAACCCAGCAUUCACUGGUCACCAAGCCUGGAGAAGUCUGCCUCCCCAGACCUGUUAACCCAUCUCCUUCUCGGGCCCACUGCCACUCCCUGCUCCAGGGCUUACAUCUCUUCCCUGGGCAGUAGUCACAGCUGCCUCUCUGGCCUCCGCUCCCUCUGGUUAUACUCCGGCCUCCACCAGGCAACCUGGGAGGAUCUUCCUCAUUUACAAACGUAAUUUGCCACUCAGAUGCCGCAAUGGACUCCUUCCUGUUGCCUUCAAGAAUGCUUAUACAGCAUCGAUUCAUUCAAUCAUGUAAUCAUUCAGCAAACAGUUAUUGAGACUGUGGGCCAAACACAGGAUUUGGGAGUGGGUCAAGCGUGGGCCUGCUCUUAGGAGCUCACAGCCCAAUGGGGAGCUGCCAAGUCUUCAGAGAGCCCAGUAAAUUGUCCCUUCUGCUUGGACGGCUCACCAUGACCCUAGCAAGUCCCUGGUAGAUGCUGGAUAAAUGUUUGUUGUUAACGUAAAUGAAUAAGCAGAUGAAAGGAUGAACUUUAAUGGAGAGGGAGACACCCAACCCUCCCAGUGAUGCCACUGAGCCCAGCCUUCCAGCCAUGCUCGCCAGUCAUGGGCAUGAGACAUCUUGGACGUGCUAGCCCAGUCAAGUCCCUGGAUGACUGCAGCCCCAGCCAACAUCAUGUGGAGCCAAAGAACCACCCAACUGAGCCCAGCCACCCACAGAGCCAUAAGAGAUGAUAAAAUGGUGUACCAAAACAAUUUUCCAACAACAGUUUUUACUGACUUUUCGGGACCUAAGUUCCUGCUAUCUUUUCCCUCUCCUCCCUACCCUCUGUACUCCCACUAUGCCCAAGAAAUGUUCAGCACUGGGAACAUUUGACUCCAGCCAGGCCUCAUGGGAUAUGGGGGGCAGGGCACGGUAGGCUCUGUGGAGGGAGACGGAGAGCUAGGAUGGUUCUAGAAGAUCCUGAAAGCCUCAAGGAAGGUGACACAGUGAGCAGUCAUCUGUAUAAUCUGAAGUUCGACUCAAUUCUGUUCUCAUGCACCAACCAUGCUGUCUGUGCCAAACGUUGCCAGGACCUGGAGGUGAAGAGCGAGGUGAGACCUAGCCCUCUGCUCCCCAGGGGCUCAGAGGCCAGUGGAAGAGACAGAUGUGUAAGCCAACACCAGCCAUGUGGUUCGAGCCACACACCACAGAAGUGUAUUCAAUAUAGAAAGGAAGAGACUGGUCUCAGGGUGCCGAGGUAGAGAGGGUUCCGCUUCCCCCACCUUGCUGAAAAGCAGCCACGAAAAUAAGGAGAACAUGAAACAGAAACACAAACUCUCAUCUUCAAAGGAACCAGGAGACACCUGUGACCCCAAACUACAGCAGCCAGGCAGAAGAGAAGAUUGGAGACAGGAGACUGAGGCCUGGAAGAAGGGCUUCGCCCCAGGCCCCCAUGACGAGUGGAAGGACAGCGUCAAGAGGCUGGGGACUCCAGGCUCAAGCAGAUGUGUCCUGGGUCCCACUGUGUGUUGCAGCAGCCAGGAUGGCACUUCUGGAAGAACUGGAUUUCUGGCUCUUUGAGGACCUACUACAUACCAGCUGGGAAACUAGUGACCAAGUAGAUGCAGCCCUGGUCCUGAGGAAUGGGGCCUGGAUGGUGCCUGGCACACAGCAGAUGCUCAUUACAGACUCAUUUCCUUCUUCCUGCCCUUCUCUGACAGCUACGCCCUUGCCCUCCUGCGAAGGGGUCGGGCCGCUUGGUGGCAAGGUGCUUGAGAACACACCUUUGGCACAGGCUGUUGGGCUUCUCCACUCCCCGGCGGUGUGAUCUGAGUGAACUGCUCUCCCUUUCUGAUCCCCGGCUUCCUUAUUUGUAACCUGGAUGCACUAACUCUGCUUACCAAGAUGAGGAAACGGAGGCCCAGAGAGGGGUCGACUUGCCCAAGGUCACGUGGCCAGUCAGCACAUGCCGGGGCGCGGUGUCGGGGACAGCCAGGCCUGUGCUCAGGCCCGAGGCAGGGCAUCUUAGACUCAGGGGCCGAACCUGCCGCCACCCGCUUGUACACAGCCUGCCAGACUCAGCUGGUCUCAGGACAGACGACCCCCACUGGCCUUCCUCUGUAGCUGGUGUCUAGCCUGUGGCUGAAUCUUGGAAUCACAGCACAACAGUGUCAGAGCUGGAAGAAACCAGAUGCAUCAUGUCGCUUGGCCUCCUCGGCUCAUGUGCCAGCCUUCCUGACUGAGCUCUCUGACUAUGCUGGGCACUGUGCUCAGCAUAUUCCCAUGUAAUCUUUACAGCAAACCUGGGAGGCUCAUAGCUGGCUGCUGACGGUCCUCCCCGCAGCCAUGGACACACCUGGCUAUCCUUCAUCGCUGCCCACGACUUUGGAACCCGGGAAUGCCUCUUCAGCUUGGCCCCUCGAUGCCACCUUGGGAAACAUGUCCAUGGCCCCGAGCACGGCCGGGCUAGCCGUCAGCGGUGUCCUGAUCCCACUGGUCUACCUGGUGGUCUGCGUGGUGGGCCUGCUGGGCAACUCGCUGGUUAUCUACGUGGUCCUGCGGCACACAGCCAGCUCGUCGGUCACCAACGUCUACAUCCUCAACCUGGCGCUGGCCGAUGAGCUCUUCAUGCUGGGGCUGCCCUUCCUGGCUGCCCAGAACGCCCUGUCCUACUGGCCCUUCGGCUCCCUCAUGUGCCGCCUGGUCAUGGCUGUGGACGGCAUCAACCAAUUCACCAGCAUCUUCUGUCUCACCGUCAUGAGUGUGGACCGCUACCUAGCGGUGGUGCAUCCCACCCGCUCGGCCCGCUGGCGCACAGCGCCUGUGGCCCGCACAGUCAGCGCGGCCGUGUGGGUGGCCUCAGCCGUGGUGGUGCUGCCCGUGGUGGUCUUCUCGGGUGUGCCCCGGGGCAUGAGCACCUGCCACAUGCAGUGGCCGGAGCCGGCGGCAGCCUGGCGAGCUGGCUUCAUCAUCUACACGGCCGCGCUGGGUUUCUUCGGGCCGCUGCUGGUCAUCUGCCUCUGCUACUUGCUCAUUGUGGUCAAGGUGCGCUCGGCGGGGAGGCGGGUGUGGGCACCCUCGUGCCAGCGGCGGCGGCGCUCUGAGCGCAGGGUCACGCGCAUGGUGGUGGCGGUGGUGGUGCUCUUCGUCCUCUGCUGGAUGCCUUUCUAUGUGCUCAACAUCGUCAACGUGGUAUGCCCGCUGCCUGAGGAGCCCACCUUCUUCGGCCUCUACUUCCUGGUGGUGGCACUGCCCUAUGCCAACAGCUGUGCCAACCCCAUCCUGUAUGGCUUCCUCUCCUACCGCUUCAAGCAGGGCUUCCGCCGGGUCCUGCUGCGGCCUUCCCGCCGUGUGCGCAGCCAGGAGCCCCCUGUGGGGCCUCCGGAGAAGACAGAGGAGGAGGAGGAGGAGGAAGAUGGGGAGCAGGGGGGGAAGGAGGGGGCCGGGAAGCAGGGGGAGGGGAAGGAGAUGAAUGGCCGGGUCAGCCAGAUCACACAGCCUGGCACCAGCGGGCAAGAGCGGUCACCCAGCCGCGUGGCCAGCAAGGAACAGCAGUUCCUACCCCAAGAGCCCUUAGCUGGGGAGAAGUCGGGCACACUGCACAUCAGCUGUCUGUAGGGGGCUGUGGAGGGCCAGCGUAGCGCGAGGACAGGGCAGAGGCUGUGGAUGCGCUUAGGGCACGCUGCCCCAGGUGCCAGGGGCCCAUGCUGGGAUGGUCAGAUGCCAUUACUGCUGAGACUCACCGUGUGACAUCAGAUAGGCCAUUUCCCUUCUCUGGACCUCGUGUUCUCCCCUGUGACUCAGGGAUGGGAGCAAUUGGCCUAGACGAGCUCUGCUGGGUAAAAGUCUGGAGGAACGUCGCCACGGGGCUGACCUUCCUGAGCAGGUGCAGACUGGCCAUCCUCUUCAGAGACAGAGCAUCCUCAUGGAUGGGUCUGAAUCUUGGCCCUCAGAGGGAUAAACCAAGGCCUGGGUUUCCUGAGCUCAGAGUCAGGUUCAUAGGAAAGGGACCGGGGCCCAGGUUCACAGAGAGCUGGAUCAGGGCUCCUCAUAGAAGAAAGUCUUACCCCACGGAGAGGAGGGGCGUGAGACUGCUUAGGCCCCACAUCAGCUCUCCCCGACUUGCUGCAAGGCCUUGAGCCAGCUCUUCUCUCUGGGCCGCAGGCCUCACCUGCUGAACAACCCAAAAACCUCCAGGCCCUCUUGGCCCAGACAGUCAGGCCAGGACUCCUGUGCUCCUGGAUACCAAUGAAGAGGUGGAUUUUCCAGGAAACUCAUUAAGUCCAGCUGCAGGGUCCCUUACUGCUCCUUCCAAGGCUUGAACCAAAUUUUGUACUUGUAAUUUUGUAUUGCUUUUCUUAAAGAGGGGUCCCAAACUGCAUAAGCUUAGGCCACCCAAAGCCUAGCUCAGCCCCUUUUGAGGCCAGCCAGCCAAUCCCCAAAACAGCUCACUUUGUGUCCUGUGGCUGGAGGGGAGCGGGUGUGUGUGUGGGGGGGUGAGUCUCUGGGUCUUUGAGAGCUCUGGGAACCUCCUCAUAGGAGAAAUCAUUGCUGUUUCUCCCUUCCCAGUGACCAAGGCAGGGCCCUGGCCCAGGCAGACAGGCAUGGAAAGGCAGAGGGUCUAAACAGUGCUGAGAGGAGAAGUGAUAAGAGGAGGAGGAAGAGGUAGAAGUGGGAGGAAGAGGAGAGAGGAGGAGGAGGAGGAUGGAAGACAGAGCUAUUCCUUGACCUUGAGCUAUCCUUGACCUUGAGCUGAAUCAAUGAAACUGAGUUGCCAAUGCCUGGCCCAACCAGUCUCAAGGAAAGGAUGCCAUCAGGGUGGAAAAGCAAAUGCUCUGAAAGGCACAGGGCCAGCCCCCUUAAAGGCCUGCCAGUGCUGAUGAGAAGCGCUGGGUCUUGAUGGCAGCCUGAGGGCAGAGCUGAGAAACAGGGUCUGACAGGUCCAGAGCAGGCCUCCUGUCCUCUAAAUUCUCCAGGGCUACAGGUUGGGAAGGCCCAGGGAAAAGAAGACAAAAGGAGGCUGGAGUGGGACCGUAGGGAGAGGCCACUGUCCAAGGCUAGGCCUGGACUAGCCUGGACACCAUCCCAGAGAUAAACCCUUAGAGCAACAGUGAGACUGGCCCCAGGGAGAGUGGCACCUCUUGCUAAAUCCCCCAACCCUCCACCCGCAGAGGGCAGAGGGUCCUCAGGGAAAUCACAUGAACCACAACUUGGGAGAUCUACAUCUUCAACUCACUUCCGGAUCCUGGCUAGCCUUGAUCUCUCUGGGCCUCAGUUUCCCUAUCAUAAAACGGAGGUGGUUGUCCCGGCUUGCCCGCCUCCUGGGACUUAAGGAAGAAAAUGGGUCAUGCUGGGUAAACUGCCACGCACAUUGCAAUGGGUGGGGGUAGGGUGUAUCAGAUUAUAAAGUGGAGGUGGUCCUCCUGCCAGGCUUGACCUACACCCCUUUCUCCUGCAUCCAGUGACCUCUCUGUGUCCAGCCCUUGGGGGUGAAGACACUUCAGGAUACGAUAAAGGGGGAGUUGGGGGUCAGAAGCCAAGGAUCAGGAAGCAGGGCUUUGGAGAGUGUGCAGCCCCCUCAGGGGGAAGCAAGUUCACGGGACCAGACCUUGUGUGGAGGUUGGAGGCUAGAGGCUGAGCCCUCAGUCUGGGAUUACCCUCAGGAGGAUCUGUGGGUCUGAAGGAAGAGGGCCCCCUGGCAUUCCCGCAUUCCAUGGCCAGCCCUGCCUUCCUGAUUCCUGAGGCAGGUGAGCUUGCUCUGCAAGGGCGGCUGGGAGGCCCCUAGGGAAAUCCUUUGCUGCUUCUACCCCUAGCUCUUGUCAAUAAAGGCGGUGACACACGA